AUAGAAACAAUUUGAGGAAGCUGAACCUUUUAUCUUUAUUUAUAAUUAAGAAUGUUUAACGAGUAAUAUUAAAGGUUAUACUAUAUACUUAAACCAGAGAAAGAAAUAAAAGAAUAGAUGGAACUUCAUCAUCCAUUCACCAACCUAAAAGCAUAUCUCAACAGACAGGAGGUCUAUUUUCUUGAUCGAAAGACAGCAACUGUAUUUUGCUUUUACUUAAAGUUAUAUAAAAUAAAGGCCUGCAAGAGAAAAAUUGAGCGCAGAACAUCAUAAUGGAGAGCCGAAUUCUGCACCCAAAAGUUGCACCAAUUCAACCAGAAUGGGACCUGGAAGACAUCCGCAUGGCAUUCUUCAAAUGCACCAGAUGGCAAGUAGAGGAAACUCUGGAUCCAAUCAACUGCCCUUUCCAUUACUUCUGCGACAGCAUUUACCCCGGGAAUUAUCCGCCGGCUGUGGAUGUUCUAGUUCUUCUUCUUACAACUGCUUCAUACCUGGCAACACUAGUCAUCAUGUUAAUAGACAUAUCAAGAAGAGGGAGGCCUUGUCUCAGUCAAUCCAAGAGAUUUUUGCUGCCUUCGGGUCCGGUGUCACUCCCGCUGAUCCUUUUAGCACUAGCCAAGGGUCAAAGGAUUAACAUCCUAUUUCCUCUCUCGUGCAUCGCUCCAGCAAUCCUUCAACUGAUUCAAAUUUCUGCUCUUGCCUUCGACAUUGGAGCUGACAAGGACCCUAGGUACGCGUUCUUUGAAGCUUCUACAAUUUCGGGGAUUUUGCAUGCCAGUGUAUACCUGGAUUCCAUUAUCCUUCCUUACUAUACAGGUUUUGAUGCUCUAGCAUCGUCAACAUUUUCUGGUGAGUGCCUCUCUUGCGUGUGUCGCAAAGAGGUUUUGGUUGCAGGAGGGAAGUUGAUCACCUACCGGGGAUGCUCAGUGACUACAUUUUGUGUCAUCGGAGCUCUGUGUUUAAGGAUUAUUUGCAGGCUGUGCGUAGAGAACAAAGGGAAAUUCUUAUCUAUCAAGUCACUAUUGGAGAGUUUUGCUUGGAUCUUGAUCACCAAGGAUUGCAUUUACCUGGUGGCAAACUCUCCGCCAGAACAAUCAGUGCCACAAGCUGCUGCUUUUGGAGGCAUACUGGUAUUAAUUUGCCUUCAUGCACUCAAGAAGUUCUGCACACGGAUUACGCAGGGCCAUUGAGUUUGAAAUGAUUGCAUGGUAGAGGGUACACACGGGGCCGCACAAGUGUGCAAAAGAUUUUAUCAUCAUCAACCGUAGAAAUAGCCGCCUUUAGAUUGUUAAGGUUCGUCGAAGACACUACCGAGAUUGUACAGGAAGACCAAAUGUACAGUUGAAUUCACAUCUUUGCCUCAUUCUAGGACGUAAUAGUUGAUUGUUUGGCCCAGCGAUCUCUCAUGUGUAGGUUCUACUGCAAAAUGGUACAACCGUGCCACCCCCUUUUUUUUCUUUCCUUUUUUUGCUUAUAUUCUUUUUUAAAUCUAAAGGGGUAAUGAGGAAAAUGUGGGAAAAGUUGUGCUGUAUCUGCCAUUGAAUUCCAUGCUUAUUUUAUUUUUAUGCA